AUGGCCAGCUGGAGGGAAUCCGUCCGUCCACUGCGGCAACUACGAGUCUCACAGAUAUCGCGGCAAUCAAGGCCGCUCUGUCCACGGAGAUGGUACUCAGCAGAAGCUGCCGCUGCAGCGCCGGCCGAGACACCAGCAGUAUAUCGCGAUCUCGACUCGGAUUCAACACAAUUAGCCCCCGGCCCGACGCCCGAGCAAAUAGAGGAGUUCAGAAACCCCAAGAAACGAGCAGUAGAGAGGAAAUUCCAGCUCCCCAGCAAUAGAUACCAGUACCACCCACCCAAAUUCCGCCGCGGCGACCUCCACCCCGUACAGUCCCCGCCAUCCUCCGACCCCAUCGCACGCGACUUCCAAGCCGGGCCGUUCUACUUCCCACGGCUCAAGGAAACAUGGCAGAGCACGGUCGCGCCGGACCUGCUGACGCUGACGUACGAGCACACGCCGCCGGGGACAGCCAAGGGGCCGAUCGGGCAGCGGCUGCGGGCGUGGGACGACUCGUCGCCGUACCACAAGAACCGGCCGCUGCGGGGGCCGCGCGGCAGCACGGGGGCGCUGCGGCCGGUGGAGCGCAACAUGGACUUCCGCACGGUGCCGGAGCUGCUGGCCAUCACGCUGUCGACGUACGAGCCGCUGGCCGUGCGCGAGCCGACGUACCUGCUGGCGGCGCGGGCGGCGCUGCAGGCGGUCACCGGGGCGCGCACCGAGGUCACGCGCGUCAAGCACGGCGUGUCGCAGUUCGGCGUCAGCAAGGGCCAGGUCGCCGGCGUCAAGGUCACCGUCUGGGGCGAGCAGGCGUACGAGCUCAUGGACAAGAUGGUCCACCUCGUCUUCCCCAAGAUCAAGGAGUGGCCCGGCAUCCCCGGCUCCACCGGCGAUGAGUCCGGAAACCUGUCGUGGGGGUUCCAGCCAGACGAGUUUGCGCUGUUCCCUGAGAUCCAGGUCAACUAUGACGCCUACCCGGCGAAGAUGAUCCCUGGAUGUCGAGUCAACGUCCAGACCACUGCCAAGUCUAACCGACACGCCCGCUUGCUCAUGCAGGCUCUGGGUGUUCCCUUUGACGGCGAUUUCAAGUGA